GGAUGAUCGAAGCAAAGGCUGAAAACCCUAGUUCCCAAAUCGACGAGGAAGAUGAUGACGCGGUUGCUGGGAAACACUGUUGCUAAGAAUUUUAGCAUGGGGAGAAGACAGUAUCGUGAUUUUUCAUCAUCCAUGGGAGAGAAAGAUGCUCCAAUGGGAGAUAUGGAGCUAUUUGUUAACAAUGAGGCGGGGCUUUUGUUUAAAGGGGCCUCAGGGGUUGUUGGAUUCGUGGUCGGUGGUUUGGCAGCAGAGGAUGUUAAGGAGACCGAAGAGCUAAUUAAACGAUGGAAACAAUGCAAUGACAAACACCAAAGGUUUCUGGAACGUGCGCGGUAAGAGUAGCUGAAAUAAGUGGAUGGCAAAUACUUCAAAUCAGAGAUGUUAUCAGGAUCAAAAGUAUUUAUCUUUAUUUAUGUUUUUUGGGAUUUCCAUAAGUGUGGGUUUGUUUGGCUCGUGAACUAGAAUGUAUGUUUGUCUCUCGGAUACUUCCAAGUAUAAAGCAUGCAGUGUCAUUUGUGGGCCUAUUAGAUGUUAAGAACUGAGACUCUGUAUUUGAUUAAAGAUUUAGAGAGUGACUUGAUUCCAUCUUCAA